AGCUUGAACAGACAAUUCACUUGAUACCAGCGUCAUAAACCAAACACUUCUCUGCCUUCAACGCAUUGACAAACACCAUCGCCGAGAUGCAACUCAUUAACAUCAUCAUCCUAUCUCUCGGCCUCAGUGCCUCCGCCAUUCCCGUUCCUGGCGACGACCACUCUGUCUCGCACGAUGGCGGAAACAAGGGUGGCAAGAACGAAAAUUACGGCAAUCACGAUACCUAUGGGGGGCAUGGCAAGAGCGAUAAUUAUGGCAGCGAUGGAAAAUAUGGUCAUGAGAAUGAACAUGGCAAUAACGGAAAUCAUGGUAGCAAUGGAGGCAAGAAAGGUUCCGGCGGAGUAUCUCACUCCUACAGAGAUGACAAGUACGGCAAUUAUGCGUGGAAUAAGGGAUUCGGUGGAGACAACAAAGGUUAUGGCGGAGACUAUAACAAUGGCGGCAAGAACGACGAUCACGGCAAUUCUCAUGGUUAUGGUGGAGUUUCUAACUCUUACGGAGAUGAUAAGAACGACAAUUAUGGAUAUGGAGGAGGAUAUGGAGGAGGAUAUGGAGGAGGUUCUAUCCACAGAAGAGGCGGCAGAGAUGACAAGCAUGACGACCAUGACAAAUAUGGCAAGGGUAACAAACAUGAUAAUGGCAAUCAUGGUGGCGGAAAGCAUGAUAAUGACAAGCACGACAAUGAUGGACAUGACGAUUACAAGCACGGUAGUGGAAAACGUGGCAACGACAAACAUGGCAAAGGAAACAAACAUGACGAUGACAAGCACGACAACGACAAGCACGACAACGACAAGCACGACAAUGGCAAACACGGAGGCGGAAAACAUGACAAUGAUAAAAAUGACGAUUACAAGCACGGGAGUGAAAAACGCGAUAACGACAAGCAUGAUGACAAGCACGACAAUGACAAGCAUGACGAUGAUAAGCAUGAUGGGGGAAAGCACGACGAUAACAAACAUGACGACAAGCACGACGACGAUAAGCAUGAUGAUAAGCAUGACAACAAGCACGACAACAACAACAACUACGGAUGGAACAAAGGCAAAAACAACAACGGAUAUUCCUCCUGGUAA